UCAAAUCUCUGAUAUUCAAACCCAAUUUCAGAAAUCAGUCACCAACUUCAGAAUAUAAUCACACAAUAAACAAACUAAAGAGGAUCAUUGUGGAUCGGAUAGAAAACAAAAGAGAAGAGGAUUUGAGAAAACAAAAGUAUAGUGCUCCGUUAUAAGAGGAAGAAGAUGAACAGCGACUCGGCGACGCGUCGGAGAGGAAGAGUUGGAAAAGUUUGAAGCGGCAAAGACUCGGCGGAGAAAGGCCUCCACGUGGUGUCGAACUCGGACGGUGGUGGCGGAAAGGAGAAUGCUUCACGACCGCCACUUGGAGACCGCGGGGGAACAUGGAAGAACUUCGUAAACGACGACGACGAUGCUCGCUGGUUCCCACCGCGGGUUCGACGCGUCAGUGGCAAGGUUGCCUACAGUUUCCAAAAUAUAAGUGUUGGUGUGGUCAUUGAUGUCAAUUCAGUGGCUGGAAAACAACAGAGAAGAGCCAUGCAAAUUGCAUCUCAAAGUUUCAAUAAUUAUUCAAAGAAUCAUAACAUAAACCUUUUCUUUAGUAACUCUGGGGGAAUCCCAUUACAAGCAGCUUCAGCUGCUGAAGAACUAAUCAUGAAGAAGAAAGUUAAAGUGAUUGUUGGCAUGGGGACAUGGCAAGAAGCAGCUCUAGUUGCUGACCUUGGAAACAAAGCUCAAAUUCCAAUUAUUUCAUUUUCUUCUCCUUCAAUAGUCCCUCCUUUAAUGCAACAUCGUUGGCCUUUUUUGAUUCAAAUGGCUAAAGAUCAGGCUGCACACAUGAACUGCAUAGCAGAUAUUAUCCACGCGUACAACUGGCAGAAGGUUAUAGCUAUAUAUGAAGACAACCCUUAUAGUGGUGAUUCUGGAUUGUUAAGCCUCUUUUCCGAGGCUCUCCAAAAGGGUAACGCGCAGAUUGAGAACCGAUUGGUUCUUCCACAUUUCACUUCUUUAUCUGAUCCAAAAGGGGUUGUUCUUGAUGAAUUGUUUAAGCUGUUGCCACUAAAAUCUCGUGUUUUUGUUGUACUUCAAGCAUCAUUCCCUAUGGUAACUCACUUGUUCAGAGAAGCCAAGAAGAUUGGAUUCUUGGGGAAAGAUUCGGCUUGGAUAAUCAACGAGGGGAUCACAAGUAUGUUGGACUUUGCAAAUAAAUCUGUUUUAUCCUCUAUGGAAGGUACUUUAGGAAUCAAAACCUACUAUUCUACAAAUUCUACUGCUUAUACUCAUUUGCAGGAAAAUUUCCAAUCUGAGCAUGCUGAAACAGCAGGCACUAAACCAGGAUCAGAUGCAUUACGAGCUUAUGAUAGUGUUAUAAUCAUUACAGAGGCCUUAGAGAAAAUGAAUAGAAAAUCUAGUAACUCAAAGCCAAGGGUGUUCUUGGAGAAAAUUUUGUCUAGCAAUUUUAAUGGUUUAAGUGGUAAUAUAAGAUUCCAAGGAAAUCAUCUAUCCAACACUGCAGUAUUGAGAGUCAUCAAUGUGGUUAAUAGGGACUACAAGGAAUUGGACUUUUGGACCCCAAAAUUCAAGUUUGCUGGAUCUCUUGGGGGUGAUUAUGCUACAAAUAACUUAGCCGGCCCAGUGGUUUGGCCAGGAGGCCUAAUUUCUGCUGAUCCUAUUGGAUGGAAAAUGCCUACGGAUACAGAACCUUUAAAAGUGGCAAUUCCCACAAACCCUGCUUUUGUUAAUUUUUUGAAGGAAGACUCCCAAAAGCAAUAUAGUGGUUUCUGUAUUGAUCUUUUCCACGAGGCACGGAAAAUUCUGAGUGACAAGUAUUCUGGGAUGCCUUAUGUGUUUCACCCCUUUAAUGAAUCCUAUGAUAAACUUCUACUGAAUGUCAUAAACAAGUCCCAUGAUGUUAUUGUAGGAGAUGUAACAAUACUUGCUGAACGAUCAAAGGAUGUGUGGUUCACUCAGCCAUACACUGAGUCAGGCUUAUCACUUAUUCUUCCAAUAGAGACUGAAGGGUCAGCAUGGUUGUUUAUGAAACCUUUUAGCUGGGAAAUGUGGAUCGCAACUAUUGGAAUCCUCAUCUACACAAUGUUUAUCAUAUGGUUCCUGGAGCAUCACUUGAAUCCAGAUUUUGGUGGACCAUUGAAAAAUCAGUUCAGCACCACGCUGUGGUUUGCUUUUUCUUCUCUAUUUUUUGCUCACAAGGAGAAAAUAAACAGCAACUCUGCACGAGUAGUGGUUGGAGUAUGGCUAUUUCUUGUGUUUGUUCUAACCUCAAGCUACACUGCCAACCUUUCCUCAAUGCUUACUGUCAAACGAUUGAAUUCAGGAAGAGAUAUUGAUUGGCUAAAGCAAAACAACUUAUCAGUUGGUUGUGAUAUCAGCUCCUUUGUAAAGAAUUACAUCAUAAACGUGUAUGAUUUCCAUCCGCAGCAAAUAAUAGAGGUCAACGGAGAAGAUGACAUUUUGAAUAAAUUCAAAAGCAAAAAUAUUUCUGCCCUCUUUCUUGAGAGCCCCUAUGAGAAGGUUUUCAUGAAUAAGUACUGCAAGGAUUACACUGCAGUUACAGCUGCCAAUAAAUUUGGAGGACUUGGCUUUGUAUUUCAAAAGGGAUCUCCCAUGGCAAGAGACUUUUCAGGAGCCAUUUUAACACUAGCAGAAAUGGGAAAGCUAAAAACUUUGGAAGAGAUAUGGUUGACCCCUCCAAAUGAAUGCUCAAAUGGCUCAACAUCUCCAGAAACUGAGAGCCUGACCCUCCACAACUUUUGGGGUCUCUAUAUCAUAAGUGCUGCCAUAUCCACCAUCUGCUUCGUGAGGGCCUUAUUGACGAAAUGGUUACAUGACGACCACAACCAUUAUCAUCAUGAAGAGAAAGCUCAACUUCAAGGCAAUAUAACUGCUAAUGAUGAUAAUAGUGUUUGGAAGAAGGCAAUUAUAAUCAGUACAGGCUUUUACAAUACUAUGAAUAACAAAACUUUAGGCAGAGCUGCAACUUUUAGUGGAACACAUCGUCAGAAUUCCUCAAGGUGGGAGAGUAUAAGCACCUCUGAUGAUGUGGCUAAUCUACAGCGUUCUAUGUCAGCUGUCAAAGAUAUGCUGUAGACUCUGGCAUGUUGCACAAAUCACACAAAUAAAUUUACAUGUAUUGAUUAAUUAAUUGAAAUUAGUAUAUAAUAUCAUCUUUGCUGUUCUGUAUAGUAUAGUAUAGGGCUAAAGGCUAGAUACCUUUAAAAUUCCCAACC